CAAAAUGAAGGGAUGAAACGCAGGGUUUCUUGCGUUCCAUCUCUCCCCUUUUCCCUCUUCGCAGGGUAGCGCACGGCAGCGCGAGAACAGUGAAGCGAGGAGAAAUCUGGAAGAAACGGAGGGAGUCGGAGAGAGAACAGAGGGAGAGAGAGGGAGAGAGGGUGAGGAUAUCUGGACUCAGCUGAAUAAGAACGAAAAGGGCGAGAAAGGGUAGGUGAUAACAGAAUAGAAGGAGAGGGAAAGAAAAUAGAGACGAAAUCGAAGAAAACCGAAGGAAAGUAAGGAUUGAAAAAAAAAAAUCGAAAAUCCUGGUUCGCGAAGCUUGCCAUCAACGUCGAGAUAGGGUCCGUGAAUGGGCAAUCCCUGAGCCUGAACAGAAACUGAGUAGACUAUUCUGUGCAAAUGGCUGACCAUCGAAAUGGAAAUGUCCAACCUCCCAAUGGAAAGUCCAGUGUAGCAGGAAGUGCUUAUUCUAUUGAUCUAAAUACAUUUCAAUUUAGGUUGAAAUCAUUUUAUUCUCAUUGGGAUGAACACAAAACAAAUCUGUGGGGUUCUUCAGAUGCAAUUGUCAUAGCAUGUCCUCCACCUUCAGAUGAUCUCCGAUACUUAAAAUCUACUGCUCUGAAUUUAUGGCUUCUUGGUUUUGAGUUCCCAGAUACAAUUAUGGUCUUCACGAAGAAGCAGAUUCACUUGUUAUGUAGCCAAAAGAAGGGCUCCAUUCUUGAGGCCAUAAAGAAACCUUCCAAAGAGGCUGUUGGUGCUGACAUUGUUAUGCAUAUCAAGGCCAAAAAUGAUGAUGGGGUUGCUCAAAUGGAUGCUAUAUUCCGUGCCAUCCGUGCUCAUUCAAAGGUAGAUGGUUCUGAUGUUCCCACUGUUGGUUACAUAUCAAGAGAAGCUCCUGAAGGAAAAUUCCUAGAAACAUGGGCUGAUAAACUGAAAAAUACAAAUUUCCAACUUGUUGAUGUGGGUAAUGGAUUGUCGAGUUUGUUUGCUGUUAAGAAUAGCGAGGAAUUAACAUCAAUUAAGAGAGCAGCAUACCUGACAACAAGUGUGAUGAAAAACUUUGUUGUUCCAAAGCUUGAGAAUGUAAUUGAUGAUGAGAAGAAAGUUUCUCAUUCUACAUUGAUGGAGGAGACUGAGAAAGUUGUACUGGAACCUUCAAAAGUCAAUUGUAAACUAAAGGCAGAGAAUGUUGAUAUUUGUUAUCCCCCAAUUUUUCAGAGUGGGGGAGAGUUUGAUCUCAGACCUAGUGCUGUCAGCAAUGAUGAGUUACUUCAUUAUGAUUCUGCCAGUGUGAUAAUAUGUGCAGUUGGAGCUCGAUAUAAAAGCUACUGCUCAAACAUAGCUAGGACCUUUUUGAUUGAUGCAGAGCCCCUUCAGAGUAAGGCUUAUGAAGUUCUUCUGAAGGCCCAUGAAGCUGUCAUUGGUUCCUUGAAGCCGGGGAGCAAGAUGAGUGCUGCAUACAUGGCUGCACUUUCUGUUGUAGAAAAGGAUGCUCCUGAGUUGGUUUCUAAUUUGACAAAAUCUGCUGGGACAGGCAUUGGCAUAGAGUUUCGUGAGUCAGGUUUAAAUCUUAAUGCUAAAAAUGAGCAGAUAGUAAAAGAAGGCAUGGUCUUUAAUGUUACACUUGGAUUCCAGAACCUUCAGAGCGAGAGCCAUAAGUCAAAGAACCAGAAGUUCUCUAUGCUUCUUGCUGACACGGUCAUAAUCAACAAAGAUAAGACAGAAGUUGUUACUUCUCUGAGCUCUAAAGCUCUUAAGGAUGUGGCCUACUCAUUCAAUGAGGAAGAAGAAGAGGAGCUGCCAAGAAAGAAAGCCAAGGUCAAUGGUGCUGAGCCUGUCAUGUCUAAGACCACUCUAAGGUCAGACAAUCAUGAGAUAUCAAAGGAGGAACUCCGAAGGCAGCAUCAAGCAGAACUUGCACGUCAGAAAAAUGAAGAAACUGCAAGGCGGCUGGCUGGAGGAGGAAGUGAGACAGGAGACAACCGUGCUUCUGUAAGGACUUCGGCUGACCUGGUUGCCUACAAGAACAUAAAUGACCUCCCCCCUCCCAGGGAUAUGAUGAUUCAGAUUGAUCAGAAGCAUGAGGCAGUUCUCUUGCCUAUAAAUGGAAGUAUGGUGCCUUUUCAUGUGGCUUUCAUACGAACUGUUUCCAGCCAGCAGGACACCAAUCGGAACUGCUACAUCAGAAUUAUUUUUAAUGUUCCUGGGACCCCUUUUAGUUCUCAGGAUGCAAACACAAUGAAGUACCCUGGUUCUAUAUAUCUGAAGGAGGCUUCUUUCCGUUCCAAGGAUCCAAGGCACAUUAGUGAGGUGGUGCAGUCCAUUAAAACACUUAGGCGACAAGUUGUAGCUAGGGAGUCUGAGAGAGCUGAGAGAGCAACUUUGGUUACUCAGGAGAAACUGCAACUUGCCAAUAAUAGAUUUAAGCCAAUUCGGUUGCCUGACCUUUGGAUUCGGCCCCCUUUUGGUGGACGUGGAAGGAAGAUACCUGGCACACUUGAGGCUCAUGUGAAUGGAUUUCGUUACUCAACCACUAGGCAAGAUGAACGUGUAGAUGUAAUGUUUGCCAACAUUAAGCAUGCGUUUUUUCAGCCAGCUGAAAAUGAAAUGAUUACGCUCCUGCAUUUCCAUUUGCACAACCAUAUUAUGGUGGGAAACAAGAAAACCAAGGAUGUGCAAUUUUACGUUGAAGUAAUGGAGAUGGUCCAGAAUGUAGGUGGUGGAAAGAGAUCUGCCUAUGACCCUGAUGAGCUUGAAGAAGAACAACGGGAGAGAGAUAGGAAGAACAAAAUCAAUGUGGAAUUUCAGAGCUUUGUUAAUCGAGUCAAUGAUCUCUGGGGACAGCCGCAAUUUAGUGGCCUUGACUUGGAGUUUGAUCAACCUUUGAGAGAACUUGGCUUUACUGGGGUCCCUCAUAAGUCCUCUGUAUUCAUUGUUCCUACUUCAGCCUGUCUUGUUGAGCUGAUUGAAACACCGUUCCUUGUUGUUACUCUAAGUGAGAUUGAGAUUGUGAAUUUAGAGAGAGUUGGUCUUGGGCAGAAGAACUUUGAUAUGACAAUAGUAUUUAAGGACUUCAAGCGGGAUGUUCUCAGGAUUGAUUCCAUCCCUUCCACUUCACUUGAUGGAAUCAAGGAAUGGCUUGACACUACGGACAUUAAGUAUUAUGAGAGUAGGCUAAAUCUGAAUUGGCGCCAGAUACUCAAGACAAUCACCGAUGACCCACAGAGCUUUAUAGAAGGUGGGGGUUGGGAAUUUUUGAAUUUGGAAGCUACUGAUUCAGAAUCAGAGAAUUCAGAGGAGUCAGACAAAGGUUAUGAGCCAUCAGAUGUUGAACCCGAGUCUGACUCAGAUGACGAUGAUUCUGAUAGUGAAUCUCUAGUGGAGUCCGAGGAUGAGGAGGAGGAGGACUCUGGGGACGACUCAGAAGAAGAGAAGGGAAAGACGUGGGAGGAGUUGGAGAGGGAAGCCAGCAAUGCAGAUAGGGAGAAAGGCAAUGAGUCUGACAGCGAAGAAGAUAGGAAAAGAAGGAAGAUGAAAGCCUUUGGUAAGUCACGAGCCAGUCUAGGUAGUAGCAUGCCAAAGAGAACCAAGCUAAGGUAGACUGUAAUAUUUGUACUUGAUUUCUGGUCAUUUUGUUGUUUAGUGCAGCUCCAACCACGCUGUAGCUGCCUUAAGCAGUGCUCAAGCUUGGAGUUCAUAUAUCACUGUAACUUAGGUUUUUCUAUCCAUUAUAAAUAUCUGUAGGCACUUGAUGGGAUUCUUGAAUGCAACUUUCUUGAUUAAAAUUGUUACAUGGCUUCAAUUUUAUCAGCCGUGUUUCUUGCUUGGUUUUUCCCUGUCAAUGAUCAGCUGUUAGUUAA